UGUUGUUAAGUACACGUAAUCUUUAAGGUGACAGCACAUAUCUAUAGUUUCCUGAUCACUACAAUCGUACAAGCGUACCAUAUCUACCCUAUCUUCCGUCUUACAAUGGUCUUACAAUCCGUCUUACAAUCUUUUAAUGGUCUAUAUGGUCGAAAUACCACACGAAAUAUUUUUCAUCUUGAACUUGAUUUGGAUUUCGAAAUGGAUGUGCUUGCGAGCAUAGUUUACUGUUGUUGUCCUAUUAGUCAGUACAACUGCAUCUAUGCUUCCCAAAUCUUUGGAUUUUUUUUAAUUGUAUGUCAAGCAGAGAGAGAUUUUGAAAUGCCCUUAGCCCUUUGUCCGUCUCGGAACCAAUUUCAAGUCCGUGUUCUAGGUGUCGCUGUUGACCACGUCUGAAACUUCAAAUCAUGUGCCAGUGCGCACACGUGACGGGGAACAGCCUGCGUCUCAAGGCCAUUUUCAAAUUUCAUUGGUGAGAUUGUCAUGUGGUUGCAGAGAGACCCUCUGGGUUACACGGGGAUUGUUUUGCUAGAUAUGUCAGCCUACAAAGGACACCUCUGUCUUCUUUAAAACCUCUCCAAAAUGUCCUUUCCCAACAACUCUCCUGCUGCUAACACGUUUUUGGUAGAUUCUUUGAUUGGUGCGUGCAGAACAGAUAGUUUCUAUUCCAGCAGCAACAUGUAUGUGGCAUCCAGUGCAGAAUUGGGGAGUUAUGGAAUGCAAACGUGUGGACUCCUGCCGUCUCUUGGCAAACGGGGGGAAGUAAACCACCAAAAUAUGGGCAUGAACGUCCACUCGUACAUACCUCAGAUUGAUAACUGGGUAGAUCCGAGUAGAUCCUGCCGAAUAGAACAACCAUCUAACCAGAUGCCCACUUGCACGUUUUCACAAAACAUAAAAGAAGAGAGCAACUGCUGUAUGUACUCCGACAAGAGAGCAAAGGUCAACUCGUCCGAGAUGCCCGCGUACUCAAAUCUCAUCUCCGACCCGUGUACCGCUGAAGGUCCAGAGAUUCCGGUCCCCGGUUAUUUCAGACUGAGCCAAACUUACACUACGGCGAAAAGUCAGGAAUAUAGCCACGAGACGACUAGUCCCAAUACGUUGAUGCAGCUAAACCGACUGACUCCCAAACCGCAUUCUACGCCCUUUGUCGAAGUGGAAAAGAAAGUCCCCGAGAUACAGCAGGAUCGGGAGACGAGGACUCCAACCGCCGUGCAGAGUACGGAGCCAAAGGCAAGUUCUCAGGAGGAGAAGAAUUGCUCUACUGAGGCGUCUGCCUCCAGCCCGGAAUUGCCACACAAGGAAGCGAAAGAGUGCAAACCAGACACACCGACGAGCAACUGGUUAACUGCAAAGAGUGGAAGAAAAAAGAGAUGUCCCUAUACAAAACACCAGACCUUGGAAUUAGAAAAGGAGUUUUUAUUCAACAUGUACCUGACUCGAGAGCGCCGUCUAGAGAUCAGUAAGAGCGUCAACCUCACUGACAGACAAGUGAAGAUUUGGUUCCAAAACCGCAGAAUGAAGCUUAAGAAGAUGAGCAGAGAAAACCGAAUCCGGGAACUCACUUCCAAUCUCACUUUUUCAUGAACACAGACGUGAACUACCCGACUCAACCCCUGCGUCUUCGUGUCUGUUUGAAAAUAUUCUAACGUGAUGCUGAGGAACCAGGGACAUGGUUUCAUUUCUUUUUCACGUUCAGAUACUGUGAUUGUUGUUACGUCGGAAUUGCUUUUUUUACUUGAUUGUAUUCAAGUGGCAUAAAAUGAUGUUUUGUAUAUAGCUUGUAUUCCACAGGGUAUGGAGUGGUCUUAACGUAUGAAACGUGGCAGAAACACAAAAUCGUUGUGUAUUUGUUUUCGUUGGAGACAAAAGAUAAUGACGUACGGGACAACACUGAGAUUAAUGGAAAACAUGACUUUAGACGAAAAGCACAUAUACUGUUUUUCAGUGAAGACUGUCCAUUCUUCUUCGACGGAACGUGUAGAUUUAGCCUAUGCGAAAUAUUUCCGUGUAUAAGGUUCUGUAUAGUACGUGUGAUAUCUGUUGUUAAAAUAUGUACCUCCAGUGCAUGUUUGUGGCAUGUAUCCUGUAAUAAAUAGAUUGUCAAAAUAGA